GUUCGGCUCUUCAUGAAACUGUUAUGCAAGGAAAGAUGGCAAAAUAUUGUGGUGUAAUGUGUAUUUAAAACUCCGUAACUUUCGGUGUUGUGUAAAGCAUGUUUACUAUGUUGAGAAAUUCCGUCAUCGGCGGUAGUUUGGCCGUUUUCCGAAGGCACUACUGCACACCGGUUGUAAAUAUAUUCGAUCGCAAAACGAAACGAUCUCAGCGUGAACGGGCUGCGAAAAGCGACGAUGUGGAGCUGUACGAUUACAUAAAGGAGGAGGUUGGCUUCCGGUUAGCGGAUCGAAUAUUCGACAUUAAGCGGCAAUUUAGCAAUGCCGUCGAUCUCGGUGCAGGCCGCGGGUACGUCACGAACCACGUGCUGGCGGAAACGGUCCAGAGGUUAACAGCGGUUGAUCUAAGCCCCACCAUGUUGUCACAAAUCAAAGGAACACCGGGACUUGAUUUUAGUAUAAAAGAAAUGGACGAGGAGCGGUUUCAAUUCGAGGACAAUUCGCUCGAUCUGGUCGUAUCCAGCAUGAGCAUGCACUGGGUGAACGAUUUGCCGGCCUGCUUCAAGGCAGUGAAUCGUGCCCUCAAACCAGAUGGGGUGUUUAUCGGGGCCAUGUUCGGUGGUGACACUCUAUACGAGCUCCGAUCGGCCCUACAGCUGGCUGAGCAGGAACGACGCGGUGGGCUUUCACCGCACGUCUCACCGUUCACGCAGAUCCGCGACGUCGGUAUGCUGUUGAAUCGCGGCGGCUUCACACUGCUUACAAUCGACACGGACGAACUGGUCGUCGGGUAUCCGUCGGUGUUUGAGCUUAUGUUCGAUCUGCAGGGAAUGGCGGAAAACAAUGCUGCCUUCAAUCGGCCGCUUCACGUUGGCCGCGAUACGCUGAUGGCGACCGCUGCCAUCUAUCAGGACAUGUACCCACGAGGAAAGGAGCGAUCCGACGGUGUGUCGGCAACGUUUCAGAUCAUUUACUUCGUUGGCUGGAAACCGCACGCUAGUCAACCGCAACCGGCCGAGCGCGGUUCGGCCACGGUUUCGUUCAAAGAUCUGGCCACCGUGAUGGGCCCCGGGAAGAAGGGGAAAAAGCAAUAAAGCGAUCACGCCAUUGCUAAACAGUUCAUGAAGUGUAUAUAUUUAUAUUUUUCCAAUAAGUUUUAGUAAAGUGUUGGGGUUUGCCUAUGGGCGCUACCCCCAUUCUAAGUUCUUAGCCGUACACGCUCUACUGGGGGUUUGAAUGCUACAUUUUCCAACCUCGGACUGGCGCAAACUACUAACAGACAAAAUGUGAAGUUAUAAAAGCUAAACUCAAGUUUUGAAAAACUUAAAAUACGAAUAGAACACCAAAAAACAAUAACGAAUCGAUGAAGUACUUGAGCUGGCGCAGAGAAGCUGGUGGCGGGUUUCAUAAACCUACUUCCUUUGCAACGCGCCCUCGGUUGUUUGGCCUCAGUUUGUCGACAUUUUAUAGACUUUCUCGUUCAAAACGAUCAUUCACCCGCAAAAAAGACAUUGUUAAUCAAACAAAAAAGACAAUAAAAAUCACGCAUACAUAAGAUGA